UAGUCGGCACCAGUUGCUCUGCACUCUCGUCCAACCAACCAACCAACAUGAAGGUGUUCCUCGUCGCCGCCGUGCUGGCCGUGGCCGCCGCCGAUUCUCCGGCUCCGUACCACCCGACUCCGGCUCCGUACCACCCGGCUCCGGCCUACAAGCCGGCUCCCUACCACCCGCAGACCCAGUACAAGGAGGAGGCCAGGCCGUUCGCCUUCGACUACGCCGUCAACGACCACUACACCGGCACCAACUUCGCCCGCAACGAGCAGAGCGACGGUCACAACGUGCAGGGCUACUACUCGGUGGUUCUGCCCGACGGCCGUACCCAGCACGUCAAGUACACGGCUGACCACUACGGUGGAUACAACGCCGAGGUCACCUACGACGGAUAUGCCACCUACCCCGAGCAGCACUCUGCCCCUGCCUACAAGCCGGCCCCCUACCACCCGGCCCCUGCCUACAAGCCGGCCCCCUACCACCCGGCCCCUGCCUACAAGCCGGCUCUCUACCACCCUGCCCCUGCCUACAAGCCUGCCCCUGCCUACAAGCCGGCCCCUGCCUACAAGCCGGCCCCUGCCUACAAGCCUGCUCAUUAUUAGUUGAAUGAGGCUUGCUGAUUUUUGUAAGAUUUUUGUGAUGGUUGACAUUUUAUUUACAUACAAUCGACAUGUGUGACAAAUACAGAUGAAUGUGUUAAAA